AGCCGCCGGACCUGAAGAAAUGGCAGUCGACAUAACUUUACUAUUCAAAGCUAGCGUUAAAACCGUCAAAACACGAAACAAGGCGAUAGGAGUCGGAUUCGACUCCAUGAAAGAUGACAUUCUGAAAAGAGACAGACCGAAGAAUGGCUUCUCAACGAAAGCGAAGGAGGUGCUCUCCAACAUAAGCAAGCUCAAGGAGUUCCUACUGCAGCACAGGAAAGACUAUGUGAAUGCUGGAAGUUUAAUCUCUUCAGAUCUAACUCGUAUGACGGACAGUGAGAGAGACCAGAUUGAUCAGGAUGCUCAGAUAUUCAUGAGAACCUGUUCCGAAGCAAUCAAACAGCUGAGGACUGACGCUGAGAAGAGGGUGAUCUCGGUUCAGAUGAAGGAACACCGUGGAGCUGUCCUGGAUCUGGUAGACAUUUACCUUAAAGGUGUGUGUAAGCUUUAUUCUGAGCAAAGAGCCAUCCGUGUGAAGAGAGUGGUGGAUAAAAAAAGACUGUCUCGGUUGGAACCAGAACAGAGAGGUAAAGUAGAAAAAACUCCAAGUGAAGAUAUGGAGAGAACACCACAUGAAGAAAACAAUGGAAACACAGUGUCUGUUGGUGGUGUUGAUCUGUGGGAAGACAACAAAGUGGAGGAUGAACUCUCACCAGAGGAGAUACAGAUGUUUGAGCAGGAGAACCAGAGGCUGGUGAAUGAGAUGGACAGCCUGGUGGAUGAGGUCAGGCAAAUUGAAGGGAAGGUCGUAGAGAUCUCUCGGCUGCAGGAGAUUUUUGCAGAGAAAGUUCUGCAGCAGGAGACAGAAAUUGACCACAUUCAUCAGCUGGUGGUUGGUGCGACUGAAAAUGUUAAAGAAGGAAAUGAGGACAUUCGAGAGGCAAUUAAGAAUAAUGCAGGUUUCCGGGUGUGGAUCCUGUUCUUCCUGGUCAUGUGUUCUUUUUCUCUGCUCUUCCUGGACUGGUACGACAGCUAGUGCAUCAUCUUUCAACAGGAACUGAUGUAUACUGAGCUCUUCUUUUAAAAAAAAAAAAAAGGACAAUUUUCAGUUCAACACCUGAAAACAAAAUACUAAAUUAGACUGCACCUUUUUAGAUUUCAUAGACAAAGCAGUCUCAAGAAUGAGCCUGUGUGUGUCCACACGUGCAUGUGCUCACAAAUGCAUGCGUGCACCUGACUUGUUUUUGGUGACACAAAUCUUGUCACGAUUUUGCCCCUCUUUUUUGCACCUUUAAACCACCACCAUCCUCCGUCGGAGCUGCCUCAAGACACUUACAGAGUUGUAUUAGGGUUUUGAAUAAGAGUGACCUUUGUGAGCGAAAUAAUCCCCAUUCCUACAUUUGGAACUGAAAUGGCUGAUUGUAACUUUAUUGUAUCAGUAAUAACUUUAUGUAUCAGUAUUUUGUUAUUACUUGAAUAAAUGUUUGUCUUGUUUCUCCUUAGUGGCUUCAGGUACAGGUUGCUAAGUAAAUAAAUGAACUCUGCCUCUCCACAUUUCCUGUUAAUGAAAAAAAUGGUGGUGAGGUCAUGUGAUCAUGGUGUUUGGAUUUAUAUUUAAUGGAGCUGCUCAAGAGGUUCUCGUCUGUCUCAUCAUUUUUCCACCCAAUACUCAAUAUCUCCAGUAAAUGAUCCUCUGUGUGUGUGUGAGUUGUUAUCAGACCAAUGCCUCCUGCCUCUUAAUCUGCAUUAGGAUUCUCCAGUCCUGUCUGAGGAAAGGUGUGAAUAUGAUGUAAUCAGACUGAUGUCAUCCUAUGUUUGGCACCUUGGCGUUCACACUCAGUUGGUUCCAACCUGCCGGAACUAAAGAAACACUCUUGACAUUCUUGGCAGUGACAGACAUAUGGCAACAGCAGAAUAAAAUUGUUUAAAAUUACCUACUGGCUGUUUUCUGAACCAGUGUUUCCCUAUAAACAUUCUGCUCCAAACGGCCCAGUCCCAGUUCAGCCUCUAUACACUUCCACUUGGGAGGGUACAAGACGUAGUGGGGCUCAGACAGCCAAUGUUCAUCAUCUGCUAAUUCAUACCCAUGUUGCGAAUUAUACAUUUAUCCAAGACCCAGCAAGAGGGACUGAGCACUGGGUCAGAGCUUUGCUUACUGCUACCGUACCAACAGUAAGUGAAUUGAGGUUGAUCUAAGACUGAGCUAAAACCUCAAUGCCUUAAUGAGGAGAGUCAUGGAACAUCAUUAGGUUUACAGGGGAUGCCUGUGGGUGAUGGAUAUGUUAGUGUAUUUUGCCUACUCUGUAGGCAAACCUAACUGCAGACCUGCCCUGAUGUGCAAGAUUUACCUUUCCACAAGAUUUUAUGCUGUAUGGAAGCACACACACUAGGAUUGUGUACAAUAUAUCAAUUUGGUAAAUAUAUCGUGAAUACACUCUUACCACUACAUGAAUCGAUAGUCUUGGCUGUAUGGGUAUUUGUGAACGCUAAUAUCUUUAUCCAGUGUGAAACUCGUGUUCAAUAUGCAAUACUUAAAACAUACAGCGGAUGGCCCCUCAAAUAGUGGCUUUAAGAAAAAUCUGCAUACUUGUCUAGGAAAAACCAUGGCGAAGUCAUCUCCUUCAACAUUUAAAGCUGAUAUUUGGGUAAACGGUGGAAAUUGUUCAUUUAAUUUAACUGCAUGUGUUUCAACAUUUGUGAGUUCUAAUAUCCAUCGUUAAAUGCUUUCCUGUUAGUGGGAGGUUCAAAGCUAUUGGCUGUAUUCAGAAAUUCUUUUUAAACUUUAUUUUGUUUUUUCUGUAUUGAUUCUUUACAUAUGUUAUCUCCAUUGAUUGUUAUUGUAUUUAUUCUUAUUUAUCGAUGCAUUACUGUUAAUAAAUAAUCAUAAUGAUAAGGUGCUGUAUAGUGAUGCCUGUAUCAUGAUGUAUUCUGUUAUGAAUUUACUUCAGUACCUUGUUAUUAUAAUGCAGCCUGAUCUGAGGAGGACCCUUUUUAUUAUCUGAUCAAAUAAAAAGGUGUUGGGGCACCUGGUCAGUACAGAAACAUGA